CUGUCUCUCUGUCCGUCUGUCAGGAUGGACGGCUUUCGUUCUGGAUUAUUGAUUAUUGUGUUUCUGUUGCCAAUCGACUGUUUACACUCGGUUUACAUCAGUGACAGCACAGAUUCUCUCCAUCAGGUCCUGUCGGAGUUUGUUGUCGUUCGUCCAAUCAGGACCACCUCAGAGGGGCGUUUCCUGUCAGCAUCAGUCUCUGUCCGCCACCUGCACCGAAACAAAAGACACGCCCACUGGGCGGAGGACGCGCCCACUGACUCAAACAAGGUCAGACAGUCUCAAACAGACGCACCCACAUUACACCAGACCCCGUCCACUGAGACGUCGCCGUCCAAUCGGGCAGGGCGGGCAGGGAGGGGGCGAGGCUACAUGUCCGAGGAGGUGGAGCUCUUCUAUAACGUCACAGUGUUCGGUCAGGAGCUGCACCUGCGGCUGCGUCCCAACUCUCGUCUCGUCGCCCCGGCCGCCACCAUGGAGUGGUGGGAGGAGUCGGGACACAAACGCUCUCAGCCAAUAGUAGACACCGGCUGCUUUUACACGGGAGAGGUGUCCAACAUGGAGGACACGUCUGUCGCCAUCAGCAGCUGUGACGGACUGGCCGGUAUGAUCCGGAUGGGUCAGGAGGAGUUUUUCAUCGAGCCCUUUGAUCGACAGAGGACAGGAGGAGAUGAAGAAAAAGAGGAAGAAGAAGGAGGAAGACAACACAUUGUUUAUCGCUCCUCGUCCAUCAUCAAGAAACAGCUGGCUGUCAAUCAAUCUGAAGCUGUCAAUCAAAUGGCUGACGACUUUCUCCGAGGUCCUCUGUUAGGUUCUCUGAACUUGAACCAGAACGUAUUGUGGUCAAGAUCUGGUUCAGCUCGACGACGGCGCUACAUUGAAGAGGCUGAACUAUUUAACAUCGAGGUUUUGUUAGCUGUGGAUUACUCUGUUCUUCUUUUCCAUGGCCGAGACCACAUUCAGAAAUAUCUCCUGACACUCAUGAACAUAGUUAACGAGAUCUAUCAGGAUCACUCUCUGGGUGCCAACAUCAAUGUUGUCCUCGUCAAAAUCAUCAUCCUGUCUCCAUCACAGUCCCUGGAGAUGAUCUCUGUGGGGAAUCCCCAGAAGAGUUUGGAGAACGUUUGUGGAUGGUCAUAUCUCCAACAGAGGGAGCAGAGUCACGCCGAGCAGCACGACCACACCAUCUACCUGACCAGGCAGGAGUUCGGCCCCUCGGGCAUGCAGGGUUAUGCUCCGGUCACAGGAAUGUGUCACCUGCAUCGGAGUUGUGUUCUCGUCUUUGAGGACGGCUUUUCCUCUGCCUUUGUAGCUGCCCAUGAAACAGGACAUGUUUUAGGGAUGGAGCAUGACGGUGAGGCGAAUGACUGUGCUGACGACGUGCCGUUGGGAAGCAUCAUGUCUCCACGGGUUCAAGCCACCUUCCACCGAUACCACUGGUCUCGGUGCAGCUGGAGGGAGCUGCACAAGUACCUGCAUACCUACGACUGUCUCCGUGAUGACCCGUUCAACCAUGAUUGGCCAGCUCUGCCUCAGUUGCCGGGGUUUCAGUACUCAAUGGACCAACAGUGUCGCUUCGACUUCGGACCAGGAUACAGUCUCUGUACUGCCUACACCACCCAUGAGCCCUGUAAACAGCUGUGGUGCAGCGACUACAACAACCCCUUUUACUGUAAGACCAAGAAAGGUCCACCGCUCGAUGGGACAAAGUGUGGACCAGGGAAGCACUGUUUUAAGGGAUUCUGUAUGAAGUUGACCCCUGACCUGCUGAGACAAGAUGGUGGGUGGGGAACAUGGAGUCCAUAUGGCAGCUGCUCCAGGACCUGCGGGGGCGGGGUCAGGUUUCGAGCCCGGCGCUGCGACAACCCAGCUCCAGCCAAUGGGGGGCGCACCUGCUUCGGAAACAGUUAUGAGUUCCAGCUGUGCAGCCAAGAAGAGUGUCCACCGCUGACUGACUUCAGGGAGGACCAGUGUAAAGUCUGGAAUCCAUUCUAUGAACAUGAAGGAAAGAAACAUCACUGGCUGCCGUACCAACACCCUGACCCUGACGAGCGCUGUCGGCUGUACUGUCAGUCGAAGGAAACGGCCGCGGUUGUUUCCAUGAACAGAAUGGUGCAUGAUGGGACACCGUGUUCCUACAGCGACACCCACAGUGUCUGCGUUCGAGGAGAGUGUGAGCAUGUAGGUUGUGAUGGACAGAUUGCCUCAGACCAGCAGGAGGAUCGAUGUGGUGUCUGUGGAGGAGAUAACUCCAGCUGUAAGAUCAUCAAAGGAAACUUCACACGCAGCACGAAGAAACAAGGUUACCUGAAGAUCCUUGAGAUCCCGAAAGGAGCCCGACACCUGCUAAUCCAGGAGUUCAAAGGGACUCCUCACAUCCUGGCUGUGAACAACCAGGAGACAGGUCACCUCUUCCUUAACGAUGAAGACGAGCUACCAGAAUCCCGUGUGGUGAUCGAGAAGGGUGUGGCAUGGGAGUACAGAAACACUGAGGAGCAGGAGUCCAUCCAGACCACCGGGCCACUGAAAUAUGGAGUUCUGCUUAUGGUCCGUUCCCAUGGAGACUCAAAGGUGACGGUUUCAUACAAGUACAUCAUCCAGGAUCGUCUCCGGUCCUCACUGGAGUCCAACCUGGUGCAGGAGGAUGCCAUCUUCUAUGAGUGGGCGCUGAAGAAGUGGUCACACUGCUCCAAACCCUGCGGAGGAGGGAAACAGUACACAAGGUUUGGCUGCAGGAGGAAGGCUGAUGGGAAAAUGAUACACAGGAUGUUCUGCUCCAACAUCAACAAACCAAGAGCCAUCAGUCGUAACUGCAACCCCGAUGCCUGCAGCGCACCACGCUGGGUGACUGGAGAGUGGGAGGACUGCAGCGCCUCCUGUGGUCAGACCGGGUGGCAGCGCCGCUGGGUGAGCUGCCAGCAGACGUCCAGCACAGGGCAGCAGCAGCAGCAGCGCUCGGUGCACAGCAAACUCUGUGGCGAGGACCGCCCAGAUGGGAAGCAAACCUGCAACCGCUUCCCCUGUCCUGCUUCCUGGCGAGCUGGGCCCUGGACCCCGUGUUCAGUAUCGUGUGGAAACGGGACUCAGGAGCGUCAGGUUGCAUGUUCGAGCACCGAAGGUUCAGCCCGGAACUGCAGCGAGCCUCGACCAAUGACAACCCGCACCUGCCAGGCCCCGCCCUGUAGCGGUGACCAGAAGAAUGCCAUCAUUCAGUGGCUGUCCAGGUCCAACACCGCCUUCCCAGCUCCAAAGAUCUCCUCAAGGCAGCGUUGCCGUGGUGACCGCUCAGUGUUCUGCAGGAUGGAGGUGUUGAGUCGGUACUGCUCCAUCGCUGGGUACCGGCAGAUGUGCUGCAAGUCCUGCAGCGAGAGAAACUUCACCAACUCUGACAAUUCCAGCAGCUUCAGCCACUUCAACUUUAGCAGCACAAAUCCACCGACCUCCAACAGCAGUGUGUGGAGUUUAACCACUCCAGCAUCCACCUCCUCCUGGUCCAACAGCAGCUUCAUCGUUACCGACAUCAUCAGCGACAUCGUCAGCACGCCAUCUUUGAGCGUCAGUGCAACUCCGCCCCCCACCAGCAGAAGCACCACCGACUUUGUGUAUGUGGAGUACAACGAUUACGACGAGUAUUCGUCCUACGAGGAUCCGUCUCUCCACACUGCUGAUAACAUUCCAACAACUACUACUGUUACUACUACUACUCCUACUAUUACUACUACUAUUACUACUACUACUACAACCAGACGUCCAAGAAAAAUUGCUCCACCACAUUUGCUGAAGAGGAAAACUCCCGCUACCACAACGCCCCCUGUUACGCUUCCCAUAUUAACUGCUGAGGAUCAAAGAGCGACACUGGCGCCCUUUAGGACGUCUGCCGUCCCAGAGUUCCCCACCACACUGUCAGCUGAUGCUGAUGACAUCAUCACUGCCACGUCAUCACCAAACAGAACAUCUGGCGGGAGGAGCCUUCAAACUAAAAUCAACGUGACAGAAACUGAACCGGCACCGACAUCGCCGCCGCCGUCCUCCUUCUUCCCACUUCCUAAGAAGGAGAACAACUCGGUGGACGAGGUGCCGUACCGGAUCGUGGGAUUGGACGGCGACGCCGCCAGGGGACAGCAGAACUACUUUGUGCAGCGGAUGCCGCCAUUUCGUGAGCGAACGCAAAACAAACGCAUCCAGCAGCUUCUGAAUGAGAAAAGGCUCGAGGAUCUUCUGAGGAGGUUCAACCGGAGCAGAGAGGGCAGGACUGACAGGAAACACGGCGGAUUAUGAAACGAUUUCUAAAGUGGUUUUAGUUUUAUUGUUCACUCGUGACGUGCAUGUGCAGCUUGCUCACUUUCUGCUAACACUACCAAAUUCUGAAGCAGCCCGCAGAGCCGACCAGCGAAACAACCACUGAUGAUGACUUUGGUCGUUGGGACGUUAGCUGCUGCUGAAUUUAGUUUGAAGCGUCCUGAACUCUAGACUUGAUCCUGAAAGGUUGCCUGUGUGAGACCAGAAUGUGGAAACACCUCCACUGGACUGUGUCUGGUUCUCAGCUGUUGGUGUUUUCACGAUGUUUGUAUCAGAUAUUCCUGUUUCUUAAUAAAGCAAAGUCUCACUCGGCUGUGAUGUCAUCAUGCGUCAUGAACACCUCUUAAAGGAACAGUUCGACAUUCAGUGAACUCCUUUUCUUCUCUUUCUGAGAGUUACGUGUUCAAAUUGACUUCACUCUCAUGUCUGUAUGUAAAACAUGAAGCUAAGGCUGGUUAGCUUAGCUUAGCAUAAAGACUGUAAGCAGCUAGCCUGACUGUGACUCUGUAGGUCACUGAUGAAAACGUUAUAUGACGUUUAACAGGGAAUUGUAGAGUUUUCAUACCUACAGCUUCUUCAUUCAACCCUCAGGUCUUCAGAAACAGGCACCGCAUCAUUUCCUUUAUUCUGCUCAGUCACAGCUGUUUUUAACAUUUUUCUGGUGUUAGUCAUGAAGACUGUUGAUGUUUUCAGUCUCAUACUCGAAGCUGAUUCUGGACCAGUUUGAUCUCUGUUGUUCUUCAGUUUUUUCUUGUGUUUUUGUUAAAUUCUCUCUCCAGGUAUUUUGAAGUGCAGCUGCUCGUCUGUUCAACAUCAAACUGAGCUCAGAUCAGAUGAGUCACUGCGGCUGCAGUUGGACCUGGAUCAGUGGAAACUGCUGUUUGUGUUCAUUCCUACAUCACAUCCAGAUGACAGAAGUCUGUUUGAAGCCUGAAAUCAGUUUGCAGCUUCAAACCAAGAGAAACGCUUUCGCCUGUUGAGUCCAAGUGCAGCUUUUUGUUUUUCUGUAAAUCACGUAAAAUGUUGUCUUUAAUCUUCUGGACUGCACAAACAUUCCCCUGAUUCAUUCCCAACUUUAUCUUUUCAUUUAAAACCAUGAAGGAUUAA